UUUCUUUUUUUUUUUGCUUAAAGAGUAUCUUGCAUUCUUGUUAAUGCAAAGUACUACUUUUCUCAUUACAGAAUUAUAGGUUUCCCUUAUUGUGUUGUACAAUGUUAUAACCAGACCAGUCAUCAGCAUCUUGUUUGAGACCGUGAUUACCGCACCAUGAAUGUGGACAAACUAACUGGCAUAGACUUAUAGGAACCAUUUGUUCUCUCAAGUCUCAACUCCUGUUUACUGUUGCCCUCCCCCACCAUUCUCUAGGAAUCAUACGAAAAGAAAAUGGCACUGUAAAUUUUUAAGGCAAUCAUGUCCUGCUUAUUUUAUAUUCUCUGGAUUUUGUAUGGUACUGUUUUCUUUGUCAGGUAUUCGGCUGCACAAACAGGAAAUUCUUCAUUUCCCAGAACCAGUUACACAUACCAUCUUGAUUCAGGACUUCCAUCAACAUGGUACAACAACAACUCGGUGAUCAUGGAUGGUGGGAAGAAGAUGAGAGUUAUCCUUGUAAUACAAGGUUACAACCGUAAAAUCGGCUUUUACUGCGGCUUUUACUCUGACGGAAGUAGUAAUUUUUACUCGCUUUCAGUCGUCGCCGUUGCUGUUGCCGUUGCCGAUGGAGUUGGAGAUCAUAAUGUAGUUUGGUCAACCGAUAGAAACUCUUUUGUGAAAGAGAAUGCGUCACUUCAACUGACAAGAGAUGAAGGCUUAGUACUAAGAGAUUCAAAUGGCGACGUGGUAUGGUCAGCCAAUAAAUCUGGUAAGCCUGUGGUGGGAAUGAACCUAACUGAAGCAGGGAAUUUGGUUCUCUUUGGCAAUGAAGGAACUGUACUUUGGCAGUCUUUUGAUCACCCCAGAGACACAUUGUUGAUUGGGCAGAAACUCUACAAGGAUCAAAAACUUGUGCCGAGUUUCUUUUCGACCAAAGGAAGCAACAGUCCCUUCUUUGCCGCAUUAACAACAGCUCCCUAUUUCUCUGCUUUUUUCAAUACUAGUGAUGGUCAAUUUCUAAUGUAUUAUCAGUUGGCGCUGAAUAACAAUUCAAGAAAUCACUCUGUACUGCAGUAUGGAAAAGCUGAACAAAAGGAGUUUGUUGCGAAUAUGGGAACAUAUUCUAAAUCAUCAAAUCUUCUGGAGUCUAUAGUGUUUGUAAAACUAGAUCAAGGCGGACGUUUAAAGACUUAUACUUAUAAUCCAAUGAGUUCGAGCACUCAUAUUGUUGACAUGGUCUCUCAAGAAUGCCAGAAUUCAUCAGCUCCCCACCUUCUUAAAGAGGUAAGAGACAUUACUUACCCCGAUAUAAGCAAUGCAGAUAUUGAAGUUGUGCCCACUAGAACGAUAGACGAUUGCAGAAAAGCUUGUCUUCAAAAUUGUUCGUGCAUUGCAUUUGUCUUCAGGAAUGGCAAAGAUAUUUCAGAAGGAAGUUGUUAUAUGCCAUCAGAGAUCUAUUCUACUGAACACAACAGCACAGGUCAAAGCAAUUCACUUGCAUUUAUCAAGGUACUAAAUACCAAUGGGGAACCAGUGGCUCCUUCAUCCUCUUGGACUGCAAGACAUCGAAAAGAACUUAUAAUAAUCAUAACAGCUUCUACUUCUGGUGGUGUUGCCAUGAUAGUUGUUGUUUUUCUUGUGAUGUCACCAAAGAACCAAAAGGAAGAUGAUGGGGAGGAAAAUCUAAAACAAGCUCUUGGAAUGCCCUCGCGGUUUUCAUUAGAAGAGUUACUGAUUGCAACAGAGAAUUUUAAGGAAACACUUGGCGUUGGAGGCUUCGGAUCGGUUUUCAAAGGGAUUCUAGCAGAAAAUGGGACAAGAAUUGCAGUGAAACACUUAGAUAAAAUGAGUCAAGGGAUGAGGGAGUUUUUAGCUGAAGUUGAGACAAUUGGUAACCUUCACCACUUUAAUCUUGUGAGGUUGGUUGGAUUUUGUGCAGAAAAAUCUUGCAGGCUUCUAGUCUAUGAAUAUAUGAGUAAUGGGUCCCUAAACAAUUGGAUUUUCAACCCAAAUCAGUCACAAUAUCUAGAUUGGCAAACAAGAAUGAAUAUCAUACUUGACAUAGCGAAAGGUCUUGCUUAUCUUCAUGAAGAAUGUCGACAGAAAAUUAUACAUCUUGACAUAAAACCACAUAACAUUCUCUUGGACGAAGAAUUCCAUGCUAAAGUCUCUGAUUUUGGGUUGUCAAAGCUGAUUGAAAGAGAUGAAAGCCAAGUCCUGAUCCCAAUGAGAGGAACUCCGGGGUACCUUGCUCCAGAACUGCAAAAAUCAAUAGUCACUGUAAAAGCAGAUGUGUACAGCUUUGGAAUUGUUGUUCUUGAAAUUGUUAGCAGAAGGAGAAAUGUGGAUAGUUCACGAUCAGAGUCAAGUUUCCAUUUGCUUGAAAUGUUGCAAAAGAAGGCUGAAGAGGAUAAUCUCAUUGAAGUUGUGGAAGACUUAGAUGAAGACAUGCUAAAUAAUAGAGAAGAUGUGAUAAAAAUGAUAAGGAUUGGAGCCUGGUGUUUGCAGAAUGAUCACACGAAAAGGCCUUCGAUGUCUACAGUAGUUAAGGUCUUAGAAGGACUAUUGGAAGUUGACCCUGGUAUCAGCUACAAGUUUUCUCACGCCAUGGCCUUUGCCUCUGAUGCAAAUGACCACAAUACUGUGGCACCACAAGCAUCUUUUCUUUCUGCUCCAAGAUGAAACGCAUAAUUGAUGAGGUAAAACAAUUGUGUUUUACAUUUGUAAUUCUAGAAUCAUUUUUUUGUAUAAGAUUUUAUCUUAACUGAAUCAUCUGAAAUUUAUUGUAUUCGUUUCCAAAUUUAUUUAUUCCUGAUGGGAAAUGUUUUGCUGGAGAUUAUUGUUGGCAUGUCAAGAGAUUUCAUUUCAUGUUACAUAGAGUUAUUGCAUUUUUAGUUUUAUUCUUAAAUGGAGACAGAAACACUUCUAUUCAAAACUGAACUAGAAAUUUGUGAAUAUUUAUUCUUAUUGGUUGGCCAUUGUAUUCGCUCUAUUUAUAUCUUAUAUCUUACAAUCAAUCAAACGUGUGUGU